AUGGCCCCGACCACCCACCCACUGGACCCGAUCACUCCGGCCGAGAUCAGACAGGCUGUUCAGAUCCUGCGCGACCGGUACCCCAAUGACCAGAUCAGGUUCAAACUCGUCGACAUCUUCGAGUGUCCCAAAGCAGAAGUUGUGCCGUACCUCGAGAAGCAGCGGCUGGGACAGACCCUUCCGGCGCCUCCCGCUCGACGGGCUCGAAUCUACUUUCAUCUCGCGCGAAACCCGCACCUGCUGAACAAAGCCCGCGUCAACGUGACGGCUGGUUUGGUCGAGGCGGUUGAAAGCUUGCCAGACGUGCAGGGGCCCGUUGAUUUUGACGAAUGGCUGGCGGUUCAGAAUGCUUGCAAUGCGCACCCGCGAGUGCUCGAAGAGGUCGAGCGGUUGAAGCUCCCUCCCGGGGCCAAGGUUGUCAACGAUCCCUGGGCGUACGGGACGGACGACGCAAAGGAGCGCCGACGGCUCUUCCAAUGCUGGAUGUACAUUGUCCUGAAUGGCGAUCCUGAAGCCAACCACUAUUCGCUGCCCGCGCCCUUUUCGCCCGUCUUUGACGCCGUCACCAACGAGCUCCAGUGGAUUGAUUACCUGCCCAUGGGUGCGGAUGACGAGCGGGAAUCCACCCGACCCUGGGAGCCCGUGCCAGCAGUGGAAUACUCAACCAAUCUGCUCGACGUCAACACCAUGCGCAAGGACCUGAAGCCACUCCAGGUCGUUCAGCCCCAGGGCCCGUCAUUCCAAGUAGAGGGCCGAAACGUGUCCUGGCAGAAGUGGAAAUUCAAUGUCGGCUGGACCAUGCGAGAAGGCCCGGUCCUACAGAACGUGACUUACGACGGGCGGUCGACAUUCUAUCGCCUCUCGUUGAGUGAGAUGACGGUUCCAUAUGGGGAUCCGCGCUCGCCGUAUCACCGAAAGCAGGCGUUUGACCUGGGCGAUUCGGGUCUAGGCAUGAUGUCAAACUCGUUGAAACUCGGCUGUGACUGCCUCGGGCUUAUCAAAUACUUUGAUGGCUACCGUGUCACCUCGACGGGCAGUGUGGUGACCAUGCCCAACGUCGUCUGUAUGCACGAGGUGGACGCGGGCGUAGGAUGGAAACACACCAACUUCCGCAGCGGCACCACCUCUGUGGUCCGCAACCGUCAGCUGGUGAUCCAAUGCACAGCGACCGUCGCCAAUUACGAAUAUAUUUUCGCCUUUAUUCUCGACCAGGCCGCCAACAUUCACUUUGAGCUGCGGGCGACCGGCAUUGUCUCGACCAUGCCGAUCAAGCAAGGGGUGCAGGUACCCUGGGGCACCAUCGUGGCGCCGGGCGUUUUGGCCGGCAACCACCAGCACCUGUUCAGCAUCCGCAUCGACCCGGCGAUUGACGGCCACAAUAACACGGUCGUCUGCCAAGAUGUGGUGCCGGCCGAGGAGACGGAUCCUGAUCCGUACGGCUGUGCGUUCAAGGCUCGGGAGACCGAGAUCACUCAAGCCGGCGGAUACACGCUCGACGUGGACAAGUCCCGGCUGUACAAGAUCGAGAACACGUCGUCGAUCAACCCGAUCUCCGGUAAGCCGGUGGCAUACAAGCUGCACGCCAUCCCGUCGCAGAUGAUGAUUAUGAAACCCUGGACGUUCAACUGGAAACGCGGCCAGUUUGCCUCCAAGCCCAUCUGGGUGACGAAAUACCAGGAUGAUGAGCUCUGGGCCGCCGGCGAGUUCACCAACCAAAGCAGGGAGGAUACAGGUUUGGCCGUGUGGGCGAAGCGGCCGGACAAUGUUCAGGAUACGGAUGUGGUGCUCUGGCAUUCGUUUGGCCUGACUCAUCUCCCACGACCUGAAGAUUUCCCCGUCAUGCCGCAGGAGAUGAUGACCGUCACCCUCAAGCCGUCUAAUUUCUUCGCUCUCAAUCCCAGCAACGACGUCCCACGUUCCAACCAGGCCGUCAACCAGUCGACACUUGUGGAGGGCACGUCGAAUAAAGGGGAGGGUACCACGUGUGCAGCACACAGUAAACUCUAG